AUGAGCGCUGACUCCAGUGAGUUCAGCUUUUCAACGGACUCAUCAGAAGACUCCCUGGAUGAUGAGGAUGAAGCAACUCCUGCGCAACGCUUUGCUGUGGAUAUUGUUGCGCUAACCCGUGAAUGGGGUCAUGCUGACUCAGACAUCUCAGAAGACUCGUCUCCAGAAUGCCAGGGCAGACACACGCGAUACAGGAACAUGGCCUUGGCUUUGGAGGCUGCUGAGAGGCGGUUGUCCACCAGAAGCCAACUUAUUCUGACACCUGUGUGCUUUGAAAACCCCAGGGUACAGGCCUUUGCCAGCGUCAUCAUCUUCUUGACAACAAAUGCACGGACCAUGGUGAAUGCAGCCGUUGUGGACCACUACAUCAACAAAUCAGGUGUGGAAGCAUUUGACAAGACCGCAUGGAAGCUAGAUACGCUUACAAAGGAUUCCUGGUAUUUUCUGUUCCUUGCCAUGGAUAUGAGCUUCAUGCUUUUUCAGAUUGCUUGUGUGCGGCGCGACCGUCGCAUGGCCCAGCUCUGCCAGCAGUUGUGGCAGGAUGGGGCCUACAUCAGAUUGGUGGCUUUUCACAUAUACUCUAUUGUUUUUCUUGGGGUCCUAUCGGGUUGGCAGCUCGUGCGUGGAUAUCGGCAGCUAAGCAGCGAAGGGUAUCGGGACAGCUUCUUGCUAGAGCUUGGUGAUCCUUCGAUGGCCGACAGUGGUGCAUUCCGAAUGCCGUUCUACAGCAGUCACCUUACAUUUUUCUACGAGAUGCCAUUCAUGCUGCGCAUUUGUCACUUUAUUUCUCGCGACGUUCUGUCAGCUUUCAACCUGAUUGUUUGCGUGGCUGCUGGAGGCUCCUUUGCCUUGGUGCUCUUUGCGCUGCUGACUCUAGAUUAUGGUGUCUCCAGCAAUCUGGUGAGCCAGUACCGUGGCUCGCGGCGGUUUUAUACCAGCCUGGCACAUGGAUUCCUUCGUGCAACGGAGCUCCUCAGCCGAACCAUGGUUGUGGCAUCCACUAUGUUAGCUACUCCCAUCGGCAUGUUUGGACGCUGGCUUUUCGCAGCGGCUCUGGCGGAUUGGAUGGCAGGUUUGCUCUUGCUGUCCUGGGCAUCACGAGGUUGUUCCAAGAGGGCUUUGUUUCUGUCCAUCCCGCUCUUUGGUGCCAACAUUGCGCUGUUCACAGAUUUGCCCAGCUUGGCCAGCCGAGCGCGGGUGCUCACGGUGUGUUUGGAUAUCCUGCGAUCAUUGGAACUGGGCCUGCAAGAAGUGCCCAAGGAUGCAACUGAGACUGGAAAGCUGGAACAUGCUGGAUCCUUUGAUGACACAGUAUUUGGAUCGUCAUUAGAUGAAGCAUACUUUUACCAAUCGGAAGGCAUUUCAAGCCUUGCCGGCUGGCUCUUCUCGAAAGGGAUUGGCGAUCAGUUUGCGUCUCUGCUGGAAAUCUGUUGGGAGCGUCAGCCUUUGAGGCUUUCUCGUCUGGAAGCAGUUGCGAAGCUUGGCGAGGGUGGCUUCGGCCGAGUCUACAAGGUAAGAGAUACAAGGAGAGGGCAGCAUUAUGCAUUGAAGCUCCAAGGUAGGAGUCGAGUUGCGAGGGCAGCUGUCCAGGAAGCAAAUGCACUCCACGAGGUCAAGCACCUUUGUGUUGUGGAGUUAGUGCAAGUCUUUUGCACGUCGUCCUUCUACUGUAUCCUUCUGGAGCUUUGCGACGUCGAUCUCAACAGGUACAUGAUAGACUGCCAGAACCCCUUCGGAGUUGCUGAGGGACUGCCAGCGGAAGAUUCAAAAAUGUUCUUGGGCUGCAUAUUUCUGGCUUUAGAACAUUUACAUGACAGAGACAUCGUGUUCUGCGACCUCAAGCCUGAGAACAUAUUGAUUCAAGCCGCGGGCUACAAGGGGGCACAGCUGAGGUUGGCAAAGCUGGCUGAUUUCGGAUUGGCAAAGUCCGUUGAAAAGUUGUCGCGUUCAUCCAUGUCGUUGUGCGGCCGUGUGUCUGGAACUCCGGCUUUCUUGCCCCCAGAGACGCCAUACAACGCGGACCCGACAUUUGACGUGCCUGACUCCGCUAGCCUAUUGCCGCAGUUUGUUGGCCGGGACUGGUAUGCCCUGGGCUGUGUCUUGUUCCUGAUGCUUUUUGGGGAGGUUGGCGGCAAAAAAGUUCGGCAUGCAGCACGAGCCAUCCUGCUGCCACCGUCUGCUGAAGCCAUUGCAGCCGCCAUUUCGGAUGCUACCACCUCUGGCACUCGCAACCGGGCAGCUCUCGAGCUCACCACGAGUCUCUUGGCUUCGAAGGCUCGGCGACUGGACGAGGAGUCGAUCACGACCAAGCCCAAUGCCAAAGCAAAAGCUUUGAGCCCGUGUGCGGUGUCUUCGCUGCCAGGCAGGCUGCCGACCUCCAGUCAAGAUAUUGAAGAUGUCUUGAAACAGCUGACGCCGCGACUGCGCCAAAUCAGCGAGGCUCAAAACUUGGAGUACAGGUUGAGCAAAUCCAAGGAAGACAAGGAGGAGAAGUUUGAGACUGAAGCAUGA